UUCAUUUGAACUUUUCAAUCUCAUCAUAACUCCCCCUCCUUCAUUUUUCUUUAUCUCAUCUUACAAAGAUGGGAAAGUUCAAUGGUUACUGUAUAGUUAUUUGUAUGAUAUUAGUUUUGAAUUUUGAUCUUGGUUCAGCACAACUCAGACAAAAUUUCUAUGGCAGCACUUGUAGAAACGUGGAACAAAUUGUUCGAGGUGUUGUGAAUACGAAGUUCCAACAAACAUUCGUUACUGUCCCAGCUACUCUUCGUCUCUUCUUCCAUGAUUGCUUUGUUAAUGGUUGUGAUGCAUCAGUAAUGAUUGCAUCUUCUGGAGGCAAUACUGCAGAAAAAGAUCAUGCCGAUAAUCUAUCGUUAGCUGGAGACGGAUUCGAUACAGUGAUCAAAGCUAAAAAAGCUGUUGAUGCUCAAUGUGGUGCUAAUAAAGUUUCUUGUGCUGAUAUUCUUGCCAUGGCGACAAGAGAUGUCGUUGUUGUGUCUGGUGGACCGAAUUACCCUGUGGAACUAGGACGACGAGACGGAUUAGUGUCAACUGCAUCAAGCGUUGAAGGAAACUUACCAAAACCAACAUUUAAUCUAAACCAGCUGAAUUCCAUGUUCGCUAAACAUGGUCUCUCUCAAGCAGAUAUGAUUGCUCUAUCAGCUGCGCAUACAUUAGGAUUUUCUCACUGUACCAAGGUCGCACCCCGUAUAUACAAUUUCAGUCCGCAGAAAGCAGUGGAUCCAUCACUCGAUAGAAAUUACGCAACACAACUACAAGGGAUGUGCCCCAGAAAUGUGGAUCCACGAGUGGCCAUUAAUAUGGAUCCAGUAACACCGAGGACAUUCGACAACCAGUACUUCAAGAAUCUCCAACAAGGUAAAGGACUAUUCACAUCAGACCAAGUUCUCUUCACCGAUAGUAGAUCGAAAUCUAUGGUUAAUACAUGGGCUAACAAUUCUGCUGCUUUUAAUCAAGCUUUCAUCACUGCCAUGACUAAACUUGGUCGUGUUGGAGUCAAAACUGGAUCACAAGGGAACAUUCGUCGUGAUUGUGGUGCAUUUAAUUAAGAUGUUAUUAUUAGUUGGUCGGUCGAGUAUCUUAAUAAAAUCAUUGAACGAAAAAGCGUUCAUUAAGGAUGUAAUUACGAUAGAAGAUGCAAGGAUGAUGAUGUGCUAUGUGGAUUUUUGAUUUGUUAUUCACAUUUAAUAAAGUUUGAAAGCAUUGUUUUGUGUUGA